CUACCAUUUCCAAGCACACAAAAUAAAUACCAUCUACUAUUUCCUCGUAUUUGACUGGAGAGACAAAUUUUGGUCUCUGGCGUCGUAUUGAUCUCCACGACCGUCGACGAAGCUGCCUUAAACACGGCGACAAUGAACAAUCUUAGGGUUUUCUUCUUCGCUCUCCUCCUUAUCGCUUCUCCCCUCCUUCAAGUGACUAGGUGUCAAUCAGAUUCUGAAGCAGACGUCACAGAGUCUGCCGAAGAAGUAAGUGAUCUUGGUAUUGUUGGUGAGGAUGCCCAGUAUUUUGGCGAUGGAAAUUUUAGCCCUGCUCCAGGAGUUGAUUCCGUCUGUGUUUUCCCCAAAAACAGUGCACGUUUGGUGCUAACUGGUGAAGAUACUGAACUCCUUGUCGGACUCAAGAAUGAUGGGGAGUCAAGCAUAAAUGUCAUUGCAAUUAAAGGCAGUGUUCAUCUUCCAUUUGAUCAUCAUCUACUUGUUCAAAAUCUCACUGCUCAGGCCUUCAACAAUGCAACUGUUCCUGCCUCAACACAGGCAACAUUCCCAUACACUUUUGCAGUCAGCAAGUACUUGCAGCCUGGAAGCUUUGAUCUUGUGGGCACCAUUUUUUAUGAGAUAGACCAGCAUCCAUAUCAGAGCACCUUCUACAAUGGUACCAUUGAAGUUGUCGAGUCUGGUGGCUUCCUCAGCGUCGAGUCAGUUUUCCUGGUUACCCUUGGAUUUGCCCUUCUUGUACUUCUUGGUCUAUGGAUUCAUGGUCAAAUACAGAACCUUUCUAAGAAAACUAAGAGGGCUCCUAAGGUGGAAACUGGAACUGGGACUAGGGAUGUCUCAAUGGAUGAAUGGCUUCAGGGAACUGCGUACACUCAGUCGUUGUCCAGCAAAUCUAAGAAGAAGAAGUAGAUGUGUCAGUAGCUGAGUCAGCUGAACAAGGCAAGGCACUGCACAAACCUGUAACUCACGCUUAGGGUAUUUGAGAGCUCAUAAGUUGAUGUAGUUACCGAAAUUUAGUCCAGAAAGAUAUGUUUCUCUGUUGUAGCAUGUGAAAGAAAUUUGUUUACAUUUUUUUAAAAAAAAAAAAACGUGAAUUUUGGAAGUUGAGCCUUUUUGAGGAUGACUAACUUCAUCUGAGGUAGGAAAAGGAUAGAUAUGAUUUUCUUGAACCUUUAUAAAUUUCUUAUUUGAAA